AUGCGCCUAGAUGGAACGCGCUUUACUCUUGGUAAUGUUAGACCCGAGGAAACUGUCAUGAAUAUAAAAAAAAAAGUCGAUACACUUUUAAAGCAUAAUGACAACCUCCUUCAAGAUCCAUAUCCCUUGUCCGACUACAGCAUCGCUAACGAAUCUACACUCAUUCUCUAUCAAAUAUUCCAUGUUCAUAUUUACACGUCUCCCUCUGAUAAGAUUGACCUUUCAAUCUCAUCGACUGAGAAAGUUCCUGACCUAAAACAAAAAAUCGAAGAGCGCUUGAGAAUUCCCGUUGGUCACCAAAUUUUAUACCGUGGUGAUAUUGAACUUGAAGAUCAUCGCACCAUCGCCAAAUGUGGUAUUAAGAGUGGAGAUAAUAUUUGUCUGAUUCACCGUUAUUCUGGAACGAUGCAAAUUGAUGUCAAAACCUUUGAAGGCAAAUCGAUUGGAAUUUUCACUGUGCCCGAUGAAAAAAUUUUAAAGAUUAAGGAAAAGCUUGAUGAAUAUAUAAAUACGAAAGUUGAGAGAAUAAAGCUAAUUUAUAAAGGUAAAGAGCUUAUCAACGAACUUACUGUUAAAGAAUAUGGUAUUACCAAGAAUAGCAAAAUUUAUCUGGUUGCGAGACUGCCUGGCGGCUAA